UUAUGCAUUUCUUGCUCCGAAAAUAAUUGGAGGUACGAAUGCACAGUCUCCUGUGGGUGAGCUGGGGAUGGUUGAGAUGACUCAGGCCUUCGAUUUGCUUGACGUUUGCUAUGAGCAGAUUGGCCCAGACAUGCUUAUGAGCGGAUCCCUCCAACCGAUACCAGACCCGACACCUAUCAUCCCGUCAGAGAAUGAGACGUUGGCAAUUGAUCCCACUGUAAACCCAUAUGAACCGAGCAUCAUAUUUUUCUACAAGACAUGGGAUCCUUAUGGAGCAUUUUCAAAUUUUUCUGCACAUUCAAUUAAGAUGCCUGAAGAAAAUGGUGGUAAUGUGACUUGGUCGAGUGUAGAGCACUAUUACCAGGCCAGCAAAUUUAUGGGAGUCAGUGACUCGGGAGCAAAGGACUGUAUUGGGAAGAUAAAAUCGGCUAAGAGUCCUGAAGAAGCAGCAAAAGUUGGGAGGUCAAUGCAAAGGCUGCAUCCUAACCUGGUGAGAGCUGACUGGGAAGAUGUGAAGAUUGAUGUGAUGUACAGUGGAUUAAGGUGCAAAUUCUCAAGUUAUCCUUAUUUGAAAUCAAUGCUACUUGCAACUAGUGGGUCUGUUCUGGUUGAAGCUUCACCGCAUGAUCUUUUCUGGGGUGGGGGCCGGGAAGGGGAGGGCCUAAACUAUCUGGGCAGGCUACUUAUGCGACUGAGAUCCGAGUUCCUCGGUGAAUCUUCUACUUCGAGUGAAAGUACUUGCUUAGCUCUUUAAGAACUGAUUAUUGGUGAUGGAUGAUUCAUCCGAACAUGGGGGAAAUGAAGAUGGAUGGCUUGCAGUUCUGACUUACAUUGUGCUGCAAUAUCGUAAAAUAAACAUUAUAUUUGCAUGAAUCAAUCAGAGAUGUAGUCUAGAGAAGAG